AUGCAACUCCUAGUCCCUGCCAAGCCCCAAGCUCCACGCUUCAACCAAGCUAACAUCCUCAAUCAGAAUUACUUCACCAAGCGCCAGUACCCUGAGGACUCAAUCUCUCAUAACAAAAUGCCAACCAUAUUUCCAACAUGGCCUCAUGUCCUCUUCGGCAUUCUAGAGCCGAUCUCCUUGUACGAUUCCCCGGUAAUGGGCAGUCUAGCUCCUGUCUUUGAUCUCGACGGAUUCAUUAAUGGUCAAACCCCUCACCUUGCCGGUCCAUCAAUCCAACACCCAAGCAGUGUAGCACUAGCCUACCAACUCGGCAACCUCUACCACCUCCUCUUCCUCGUCGGCGUCGCCGUCCUACACACAAGUACAGAACCCGAGGUCCUCCGCAACUACUUGAUUGCCCUCACCAUUGCAGAUGUCGGACACGUAUACGCUACAUACGUCGCUAUGGGAUUGGACGCAUUCCUAGAUGUGGGAAGUUGGAACGCGCUGACAUGGGGGAAUAUCGGCGCGACGGGGUUCCUAUUCGUGAAUCGGAUUCUUUAUUUCCUUGGAUUAUUUGGUCAGGCGCGAGCGCCCAAGGUAACACACAAAAACGAAUGA